AUGCUGCUGCUACUGUCACUUCUGCCGCUGCCGCUGUUGUUACAGAUUUUGCUUUUGCUCCUUCUACCGCAUGACAAUUGUUUUCCUCGUCUAAGCAGAUACCAGCCUCAGAUGCUCAAGGUGAGAGUCUUGCCUUUCGCUCUGGGCUAUUGGUUCACUUAA